AUGGAUGAAUUAGAGCAGUUGGAGUAUUUAUCCGUGGUUUCAAAAGUUGCAUCAGAAUUAUACAACCAUUUUAGUAUUGAAGACAAAACGUUGGCAGAAUUCAUUAUAAAUAUACACGAAAACUCAAAAAAUUUUGAAGAAUUUAAAGAGAACGUGCAUGUUGUUGGCGGGGAAUUCGCAGACAGUUUUUUGAGGACGCUAGACCGACUUAUAAAGGAUUUGCAUCCUCGAUACCAAAAAAACAAUGGGCAUGAAAAUGAGACUAGGACACAUGGCCAAUCUAAGGAUUCUACAACAACUGAACAUUCAGUUCUAACAGAAUCAUCAGAGCAACUUAGGAAGAAAGAUCUUUUUCCUGCUCUGCAAAUUCCUAACCAAAUUAAUUACUCUCAAAAAGAAAAUGAAAGCAAUGAUGAAUCUGCUGGUGGGUUCAACAAUACUGACCGAACAUAUAAAACAGCCUAUUCUCAGCCUUUUGGUGAGCGACAGCAUUCACCUAAUUUACGGAAUCGCUCACAUGGGGACAGAGAAAAUAGGUAUCUGCGUAAUAAUGAUGAACGCUCUUUUUUAUCUUCGCGCCGCAAUUCGCGCUCAAGCUACUUGGAAGAUAAACCAAAAAUAAAUGGCGUAUAUACUGGCGUUGUAUCUGGAAUUAAGGAUUUUGGCGUGUUUGUCACCUUAGACGGAAUUCGCCAACGCACGAGCGGACUUGUUCAUAUCUCAAAUAUACAACAGAAUCGUCGAGUGGAACACCCUUCUGAUGUCGUCGCCUACGGCGAACGCGUCUAUGUCAAAGUCAUAAAAAUCGACGAGGCGAUGAAGAAGUACAGUCUGUCAAUGAAGGAUGUGGAUCAGGAAACAGGGGAGGAUCUAAAACUUCCUCAAAAAAAUAGCAUAUCAGCUAGCGGAGCAAACUCGGUGCCGCUUGGUUCAUUAGCAGAUGAAGCGUCACCAAGUUACCAUUCCUCAAGUGAAAAAAUGCCUAUGCAUAGGAAACGCUUGGCCUCGCCAGAGCUUUGGGAAUUACAACAGUUAGCAGCUUCGGGCGCUGUUUCACUUGAUACUAUACCUGGGAUUGAAGAUGAUUUUCAAACUUCAAAAGUUGCUGAGAUUGACCCAGAAGAGGAAGAAGAUGUUGAAAUUGAGGUCCGCGAGGAUGAACCAAGUUUUCUGGCUGGACAGACAAAACAAUCACUUAAGCUUUCUCCUAUAAAAAUUGUUAAGGCUCCUGACGGAUCACUUUCGAGAGCGGCUAUGCAAGGUCAAGUACUAGCAAGUGAGCGUCGUGAAGCCCGUCAGCAGGCCGCAAAGGCAAAAGCAAAAGAGGAACUCUCCACGCAAGACCUGGCUCUUUCUUGGCAGGACUCAAUGGCACGCCCGGAAGACCGGAAAUUUGCUCAGGAUGUACAAACGGCUGCAGCUAAAGAAGUAGCAUCUGCUUUGCCAAGCUGGCGUAAUGACUCAAAGCCCGCGUUUGUUUCCUAUGGAAAACGUACCAUGCUUAGUAUCAAUGAACAGCGCGAAAGCUUACCUGUAUACAAGCUUCGUCAACAAUUCUUAGAAGCUGUCGCAAGUAACCAGGUUCUUGUUCUCCUUGGUGAAACAGGUUCAGGAAAAACGACUCAAAUUACUCAAUACUUGGCAGAAGAAGGUUAUACCCGUGGAAGCAAAAAGAUUGCUUGUACGCAGCCUCGCCGUGUUGCGGCCAUGUCGGUUGCAAAACGUGUUGCAGAGGAAGUCGGCUGUCGUGUUGGCGAAGAAGUUGGUUAUACUAUACGUUUUGAAGAUCGUACUAGCAAUCUCACUCGAAUCAAGUAUAUGACAGAUGGCAUGUUACAACGCGAGUGUCUUGUCGAUCCACUGCUACAUCAAUAUUCUGUCGUCAUUCUUGAUGAAGCACACGAACGUACUGUUGCCACGGACGUUCUAUUCGGAUUGUUAAAAAGCGCCGUUUUAAAACGGAAGGAUCUAAAGCUAAUUGUAACAUCCGCAACUUUGGACGCAGAAAGAUUCUCAAGUUAUUUCCACAAAUGUCCCAUCUUUACUAUCCCGGGCCGUUCAUAUCCCGUCGAAAUUCUUUACACAAAGGAGCCAGAACCAGAUUACUUGGAUGCUGCUUUACUCACUGUUUUGCAGAUCCAUUUAACUGAAGGUCCUGGUGACAUACUGGUUUUUCUAACAGGUCAGGAAGAAAUUGAUACGAGUUGUGAAAUUCUUCAUGAGCGAGUAAAAGCAUUAGGAAAUAUGAUUCCAGAACUUGUUAUAUUGCCCGUGUACUCGGCACUUCCCUCGGAAAUUCCAAAAGUCGUAUUUUCGAACCUGCACCACCAGGAGGGAGAAAAGUAAUUUUAGCAACUAACAUUGCUGAAACAAGUUUGACUAUUGAUGGCAUUUAUUAUGUUGUCGAUCCUGGCUUUGUCAAACAGAGUUGCUAUGACCCAAAACUGGGAAUGGACUCUCUUGUUGUUACACCGAUUUCACAGGCCCAAGCACGUCAACGUAGUGGUCGUGCAGGUCGUACAGGUCCCGGUAAAUGCUAUCGACUAUAUACUGAAAGUGCGUUUCGCAACGAAAUGCUUGUUAGCCCGAUUCCUGAGAUACAGCGGCAAAAUUUGUCACAUACCAUCCUUAUGUUAAAAGCUAUGGGCAUAAAUGAUCUAUUAAACUUUGAUUUUAUGGAUCCGCCACCGGCGCAAACAAUGAUUGCUGCACUAGAGAAUCUUUACGCGCUCUCCGCUCUAGAUGAUGAUGGUUUGCUAACUCCGUUGGGCAGAAAGAUGGCUGAUUUCCCUAUGGAACCGCAAUUAUCCAAAGUGCUGUUAAAGAGCGUUGAAUAUGGAUGUUCAGACGAAAUUCUAAGCAUUAUCGCCAUGCUUAGUGUUCCGAAUAUAUGGAGCCGUCCGCGUGAAAAGCAGCAAGAGGCUGAUCGCCAUAGAGCUCAGUUUUCGAAUCCGGAGAGUGACCAUCUCACACUUUUGAAUGUGUACUUUGCGUGGAAAAGUAACCGAUGUUCAGACAGUUGGUGUUAUGACAAUUACAUCCAGGCUCGCGGAAUGCGACGAGCGGAGGACGUCCGAAAUCAACUUGCUCGUCUUAUGGAUCGGCAUAAGCAUCCGAUAAUAUCAUGCGGGCGGAAUCGUGAAUCCAUUCUUAAAGCUUUGUGCUCCGGACACUUUACUAAUGUAGCCAAAAGGGAUUCUCGCGAAGGCUGCUACAAAACCUUGGUUGAGAAUGCUCCUGUGUUUAUGCAUCCCAGUGGGGUCUUGUUUGGUAAACCAGCUGAAUGGGUAAUUUAUCACGAACUCAUACAAACAUCAAAAGAAUACAUGCACACAGUGAGUACUAUCAACCCGCGAUGGUUGACUGAAGUGGCACCUAAUUUUUACAAACUUGCGGAUGUCAAUCAUGUCUCAAAAGCAAAACAAAAAGAGAAGAUUAUUCCCUUAUUUAAUCGUUUUGAGAAGCCUGAUGAAUGGAGAAUCUCGAAACAACGUCGGGUGCGGUAG